AAAGCUUAUGAUGGAUGAAGAAGAAGGAACCACUGGAACGAAGAGCCGUGUUGCUUGUACAUAUACACAGGAGACGUGAAGUACGCCGAGGUCCUCGUAGGAUACUCGAAGGCUCAAACGGUGAACAUCAAAAACAAGCAAGAUGACAUCACAAGACAUAGUUAUUGUUUGCCCACCCCUCGGAUCGGACGUCGGGUCCGGGAUUCCCUUGUACAAGGGGCAAGCCAUCACGAAGCAUCUAAACGUUUCACAACCUAAGGUCGAGUCUGGACGAUGGUCAAAGAGACGAUCUUAGCUUCGUAGGAACGAACGCGAGUCCUACCUCGGUCUUCGGACCCGAGGACCUUAUAGUGAAGGGCGCAGGACAAUACGUACAAAGAGGACUUACAACAAGACGAAAUGCUGACGGAAACCUGGAGGCCUAUUGAGGAUGAAAGCACACCAACGAUCACGAUCUGGACUUGCCACGUCGAUGAUCGAACGAAACUUCGAUCGUCGGGCUUGAACCUCUUACCACUGAAGCAGGGAAUACAGCACCAUAUGUCGAAGUGUCCGUCAGCAUGGACAAGGAACAAGGUCCAGAUUGUAUUGUCCAACAGGGUCGCGCGCGGCGGCAACUUGAAGCACAGAAACUGGAACGACUGCCAGUGUGUCGAUGAAAGGAUAAAGCGAUCCUAUGAACGAACGUCAACAUUGGGUGUUCUGGGAACGACCACUGCCAGAAGGAGAUGGUAGAAUGUUCAGUGCUCAGAGCAAGCAAGAGGAAGAAGCACCGAACCAAAGAUCCAAUACGACGAACAAUGCACAUGAUCAAGCAAACGUCACGAGAGUACUUCUUUGAGAGGACUCUCAUAACUAUCUUCGUGUGUGGCUCGAACGCGAGCUGAGCCCAUCGCGAAGGAGAGAGGGAAUGAACAGUGACGAAGACAUACAAGGGAUAGAUAGCCUUGAGAAUGGAGGGGAGGAAGAUCCUGAGGAUGAAAGAGCGCACUGGAGAAGGAAACUCCUUCAGUCACCAGAGGGGCCGAUACGAGUAUUGCCGCACAUCGAUGGAGAGGAGAAACAAGAGAGUCCCAGGGUGAUGAAUGCAAUGGCAUUACGACCCACGAGGAUAAGUAUCCUACCCAUCGCCGAUCGGGCAAAGGAAAAUGGUGAAAAGGACGACCCGAGGUGUUUCGUUGCCUCAAGGCAGAAUGUACAGCAACGUGUAUACAGCACACAAGACAUGGAUAUUGAAUUCAGACCAGGUGCAAGUGACAAGAGAUCCUAUCCGAUGCCGAUGCAAAGGUAUCCAGGGAGCAGAUAUGGAGAGUGCAAGAAAGCAAGAAACAGGAUAUCCAAGGGAACCCAUGAGGAGCACAAGAAUGAGAACAAGAGUCUGGUCGCUAGCAAUGCACGAGUAGGUGGCGUUUUGUGCUGAAACUGUUGAUUCUUUCUUCCGCGGUAUAGGUCGUCCUUGGCCGACCUCAUGCACUCACAUCGGAUGCAUCCGGCUGGAACAGAGUCAAAGAGGUGAAAGGAUGGACGAAAACUUACUGUUUUCAUCUAUUUGCAUCAUCACAUCGAUAUCCUUUCCUGGCCCUAAACAAUAAUCCCGUCCUCGACAC